AAAUUUCCCUUUCACAUUUCAUGCGGUAAACCGCAGGGAACCAGCUGAUUUGAUUAAAGAUGGCAGUCCGAUGGGGAAAGACUAUUCUUUGUUGAUGUUGCAGUAAAAGAUAGAUUUGUUAUGAUGAGAUUAGAAGCCCGUUUGAGUGAUCAUUGUAUAAGUUCCGGUCGGCUGAUACGCUGUGAAAGAGUUGAGGAAGAGGUUGACAGGUUGAGGAAUCAGUAUGACUGAUGACCACAAAAAAUGGACCUGCGAAUACUGUACCUACAACAAUUGGCCCAGUGCCAUCAAAUGCACCCUCUGUCAAGCCCGCCGGCCAGUCCAGUACAUCAGUGCCCCGACCUCACCGGAGGUGCCUCGGAGAGAUCUGAUAUCCAGGGGCACAGGAACCGGAACAGUGCCCUUGAUACUACCAGGUAGCGAUCACCGGGGACCACUCUCUCCAGCUGUAAAGUGGUCCUGCAAACAUUGCACUUAUAUGAACUGGCCCCAGGCCACCAAGUGCGCCCUGUGUUACUCCUCGCCGGGGAGCAGUAGCCCUACCUUGGAGAAUAGGGGGAGGGGCAUGCCCAAGACCAUCAGGAUGCCGAGAGCUCCCGAGGCCAGCCAGAUGGGCAACAACGACCGCAAUCGCAGCCUGGGCCAGAAUGUGAAGAAGUGGGCCUGCCCGGCCUGCACCUACGAGAACUGGCCCCGUGCCAAGAAGUGCGCACUGUGCAUGUGCGUGCGCAGCAAGCACAGCCCCGAGUUGGGCCUGGCGGCAGACAGUUCCCUGAUCGAGGAGAACCUGCGUAACGUGGAGGCAUCCAGCCGCGGCUCCCCACCCAUAUCUCCGCCCAGGAGCCCGGACGCCAAAGUGGAGCUCCAGCCGUCAUCUGCCACCCGGGCCUCCCCACAGACGGUGCCCAGCCAGGGCACCAUUAACCUGGCCGAGCACGACAAGCGCCUCAAGCAGAUCCGCAAACGCCUGCGCAAGUCAGACUGGCUCUUCCUCAACGCCUGUAUGGGCGUGAUCGAGGGGGAUGCACGGGCCGUUGAACUGUACCUUACCUCAGGUGGGUCGCCGACCCGCCAGCUAACGCGUGACGAAGUGACCUUACUCAACAGGCCCAGUGCCUUUGACGUCGGCUUCACCCUGGUGCACCUGGCCAUUCGCUUCCAGCGGGAGGACUUGGUGGCGGUGCUCUUGACGCCCGACGUCAGCGCCAACGUGGUGAAGCGGCCCCCAUCACAGGUCUGUCCAGACCUGGCUGCCGGUAUACGCAGGGAUAUUGCUAAGUCUCUCCGCCAGCGGAAAGGAGAUUUCCUUUGCUUCUUUGUGACAGAUCUGUUAACAUUCAUUUUGCCAGGAGAAAUUGAAGACCUCCCACUUACUGUUAGGAAUCAAUUGUUUGAUGAACUCCUAGAUCGCGAUGUGCAGAAAGAAUUGGAACAGGAGUCUCCAAUUAUCAAUUGGAGUGUUGAGGUGUCGGACAGUCUGGGCAGCCGGCUCUAUGCCCUCUGGAACCGCACGGCUGGUGACUGCCUGCUGGACUCAGUGCUUCAGGCCACCUGGGGCGUGUUCGACACCGACGCCGCCCUGCGACACGCCCUCGGCGACAGUCUGAAUGAGGGAGGCAUGAGGCAAUACGAAUCCAUGCAGGUGGAGAGCAUGCACUUCACCUUGGAUGAGGAGCAGUGGGAACAGGACUGGUCCCUGAUGCUGAACCUGGCCGGCCAGCCCGGAGCGGCCCUGGAGCAGAUUCACAUCUUUGGCCUGGCGCACAUCCUGCGCCGGCCCAUCAUCGUGUAUGGGGUCAAAUACAUCAAGAGCUUCCGCGGGGAGAACAUCGGCUAUGCACGCUUUCAAGGCGUUUAUCUACCUCUACUCUGGGAUCCCAGCUUCUGCUGGAAGAGCCCCAUCACCCUGGGUUACACCAGGGGCCACUUCUCUGCCCUGGUCCCCAUGGAGACGGACUCGGACGACAACCAAGGGGCAGGGGCCAACCUGAACACGGAUGAUGAGACGCAGACGGUCUACCUGCCAUUGACAGACUUUGAGGGCAAGCUCCUUCCCAUCCACUUCAUAACCCCUCUGGAGUUGGGUUCGGAAGAGCGACUGUUGAACGAGUGGCUGGACUGCUGCUACACCACGGGCGGGGUCUUUGUAGCGCAACAGGUCCAUCACAAACAGCGUCCCAUCCUGAUUGGCCAGAUGGUGGAAGAGUGGCUCCAGCGGUACCGACGGAUUGCUCAGCAACUCUGACGCUCGUCAUUCCUCCCCAGCGCCGCGCGUUCAUCGUAAGCACUUCACCCAUGAACCCACAGUAGUUAAAACAGAAACUUGUAUAUUCAUAGAUUAUAUGACAAGUAUCAUACAUCAGGUCCCUUGUGUAGCCUCCGGAAGGCACAAGUGUAUUUUGAGAUGAAAUCCUACAAAAUAGUGUAUUUUUACGAGUGUGAGUAGCCGUGAAGAGAAUGAAUAUUGUGAAGUGGUCGGACAUAUGAAUCUUACCUAGGUUAGAUUUCCUCUACAUAUUGGUAUAUACAGCACUCGCCACUUUUCGAAAGAUGAAGAAUUUUUUAGUUAUCAUUGCAUUGAAACUUUUAGGAUCUGUUUCCCUGGAUAUUUUGAAGCCAAAACCAAAACAGUAGUUGGCUGUGUAUGACCAACUUAAAAGACUUUUACCGAUUCGUACAUUUCUUUAAAGUCUCCCGUAGAAUAGAUUGAAAGAGUCAAGGUGUCUUGAGUUGUUGGUCUACCAGGUGUGUUACAUCUCGCUUUCUAGCCGUGUGUAUCGCUAAACUAUGCCAUGUUGUGUCACAGGAUACCUUGUACCGUGAGAUCGGCAUUUUCAGCCACAAUUUGUGGGUUUUUUUCUUCAUUUUCCCCUAGCAGGGUGUGAUAUCUACGCUCCAGUAGUUACCCAGAAGCUACGGCCCAAGCCUGAUGGCUGGCCUUAAGUUUUUUCUUACUAUCAGUAUUUGAAUUUCACAGGUUUUUAUGCUCUGACCUCAAGGUGGACACAGCCAGACUGAAGUCUAGAGGUAUUUUCUGAACUUUGGCUUCUUCCCCAAUUUUGGCUUCAGGCUUCCAGUUUUGCUGCAGAAACAUUAGAUUUUACAAAAUGACAUCAAUGCUUUUGGGGGGAUCGUUUUAAUGUCGUGCCAAUGGCAAACUCUGGAGACCACAUUUUUGUCUCCAAAGUGAAGCCGUAGUUUAAGACAAAGCCAAGAUUUGGAAAAUGGCACUUGCAGUGCACGUAGCUACUCCCGGACCACCAGACGACCUCCCAUCUGAAUUCAGGUCACAAGCUAUUUAAAUGAACUGCGACGGAAGCAUUCCUUUGUCAGUGUACACCCUUUUACUGGUGACUGGUCUUGUCAAUGGCCGUAUGUCAUGGUCUUGUGUCUGGUCUGGGGAGUGGCCUUAUGAUGGUUUUGACUACAGCACUGAUGGGUACCAGUUUGGUUUGUGUUAGCAUAAUGUGUAAUCACUUGUGAUUCCGUAUUUAAUGCCGUUACACGUAACUGGCUGUCUCACCAAUUGAACUGACGUCUGCAAAGCAGGAUUUUCCCAUUCAGAAUUGUGUUACUUAUACAUCUGCAGUUUGUGAUGUGGGUAAUGGUAAGCCACGUUCAGAUCUGUACUCUUGACACACUUCCUAAUUUCACUUGGGAUUCUGUCUGCUAACUGAUUCCUCUGAAGUGUUGUGUCCUGUUGCUACAAAAAAAAAAUCUACCUGCCCCAUAGAAAAAGCGAAAGUGUCAGCAUGCAAACUGUAUUUAUUUGUUGGAUGUGCAUGUAAGCAAAGUUAAGGUUUUACACUAGAAAUAUAGUAAUUUCAAAGGAGGUAUAAAGGAUUUCAUUUUUUUUUAAGUUUACAAAUUAUUUUAAAAAUGAAGGCUUCGGUUAAGAUGCUGCUUGCUUCUUAAAUUGUCAGUGUCAAUGUAUUUCUCUCUUUUAUGUCGUGAGUUUGGGUUUGGCUGCCUUGCCAUAUUAUGUAUUUAUUUGGUUGAAUGAGUCAGCACUUUGCAAUAGAUGACGCAAGUUAAAGUCAAUUGUGAAUUUCGUGUGUUCUUUUAAUUUGUUUUUUUUUUACAACGUCUGUCAAAUGAGUGGUGGCGGUGAAUGCAUCAUUUACUGAUGACUGGCACUCAACAUCAGUCUUUAUGGAGUCAUGUUGCGUGGUACAGUUGUAGCACAUUGGAUUCAUUAUUACAUGUAUAGUUGAUUCUGUUUCUCAAUCUGAGAUUUGGCACCUGAGUCCACUGAUGACUGGCACUCAACAUCAGUCUUUAUGGAGUCAUGUAGAGUGGUACAAUUGUAGCACAUUGGAUUCAUUAUUACAUGUAUAGUUGAUUCUGUUUCUCAAGCUGAGAUUUGGCACCUGAGUCCACUGAUGACUGGUACUCAACAUCAGUCUUUAUAGAGUCAUAUAGCAUGGUACAAUUGUAGCACAUUGGAUGCAUUAUU